UGUUCAAUCUAAAUUUCGUCGUUCACCAAAUUUUGCCUAUUUUUGUGUGAGGUGAAUUGUUUUUGUGUCGCAUAAAUGUAAACUAAUUUUGUUGGUGACAAAGUUUACAUUUCAUGUCAAUUAACUCUUCCUGUUAAUUAGAACAAACGAGUAGGACAGUGCAAUAAAAUAUGUCGACCUUGUGAACUGUGUAUGUAUAUUUUGUGUACAGACUAAAAGUGUUGUGCUUAAAAGUUUUAUUAUUUAUAAAUCCAUAAAAAGGACGUGGGAAGUGAUAAUAAUUGCAUGAUCUGGUUUUGUACAUGGGACGAGCAAUCGAUUAAUUUUGGACGGUAUUAUGUAUACGAUUGCGUGUGGUAAAGACCACCUGGAGUUCAGGAGAGAUUAUUUGGAACUAUGUUUACGACGACAGGAAUGGUAGCAGCACCACAGCAAGCGACUAACCAGGUCGCGCAAAAUGGCAGCACCACAUUACCUCGAUCUCAUCAUCAAAGAACAGGCAGACCACCAGCAGCUCCUAAAUCAUAUGACUAUCUCCUGAAGGUGCUACUUGUGGGGGACUCUGAUGUAGGCAAACAGGAAAUUCUUCAAGACUUAGAGGAUGGAUCUGCGGAUUCACCUUUCUGCAGUGGAAGUGCUUAUAAAACAACAACAAUCUUAUUGGACGGUAAAAGAGUGAAGCUACAGCUAUGGGAUACCUCUGGCCAAGGACGUUUCUGUACAAUUAUUCGCUCAUACUCUCGUGGUGCUCAAGGUAUCCUGCUAGUCUACGAUAUAACAAACAAAUGGUCUUUUGACAGCAUAGAUAGGUGGCUCGAAGAAGUUGAAAAGCAUGCACCGGGUGUACCUAAAGUGUUAGUCGGUAACCGAUUGCACCUUGCAUUCAAACGUCAAGUACAAGAGCGCGACGCUGAACUGUAUGCAGCCAAGAACCACAUGGCUUUCUUUGAAGUCAGCCCACUCUGUGACUUUAAUAUUCGUGAGAGCUUCUGUGAACUGUCCCGCAUGGCCCUACACAGGAAUGGCAUGGAGAGACUCUGGAGAAGUAAUAAAGUUCUCAGUCUUCAAGAGUUGUGUUGUCGUGCAAUUGUGGCGCGUACGUCCGUGUAUGGGCUGGAACGACUGCCAUUACCGACCACGUUGAAGUCUCAUCUCAAGUCGUACGCGAUAUCGGCUGCCCCCAGUAGACAUCGAGCCCGGCCACCGAAGCACCCUCAUAACACCCGACUCAACUGCACAGGUCGGAACUCUUGUACUAUUACGUGAAUAUUAAUUACCGAACUCCUGUAGCAUAAGCCUUUUCCUUAAAAAUGCACUGAUGAAAUGUAUUUAUUCAUGCCCGGUCUAUAUUAAUUCCUUUUUUAUUGACUGUAAAUGCUAUUUGGAUUUUGGAAAUAAAAAUGCUAUUUUUCUAGUCUAUUUUAUAGAUAUAAAAGUUUUUUUAAUUGGGCAAAGAGAGAAAUGAUCCCUUAUAUUUGAAUGUGUCAUUUGCACAAUAAUUUUUCUCACAUAAUAUUUAAAAUCAAAAGAAUCUUGCUCUAUGGUUAUUCAAAAAGGUAGAAUCGUUUUGGCAAUUGAAGCAUUCAAAUGUAAUAAAAUCAAAUACAAAAUAUUACAACGAAAACUUUUUAAAUU